AUGAAACUUUAUAAAAUAACAACAGGGAGGCCCCUGUCAUAUGUAAAACAAAGAGACACAAAAUAUAUAUUACAGUGGACUAGAAGAUAUAGUGCACCAUUCGAUAUGAUGGGAGAAGCGAACUAUGCCUUUGUUGAAAAUAAAUGUAAUUACACGAACUGUUACGUAACCAAUGACGUCGAAUUCUUUGCGAAAGUAACUGAUUUUGAUGCGAUCGCCUUUAAUGGACGUGAUGUUAUACACCUGUGGCCCUUCCAAAUGCCUGCAGAAAGAUCGCCGAAGCAGAAAUACAUAUUUGGUGCGAUGGAAUCACCAGAUAAUUUUCCCGCCUGCUACUGGAUGCUAGAUGGAUUAUUCAAUUGGACUUGGACUUACAAACUCGACUCAGAUUUUCGGUGGGGAUAUAUUACGAUUUAUGAUCUAGAUGACAACGUUGUGGGGCCGGCGAUAAAUAUGAAGUGGCCAAAAAAGUUAAAACCUAUUAAUCAAGAUUUGAAGGAUAAAUUAUCCACUAAAUCCAAAGCUGCAGCUUGGUUUGUAUCGCACUGCCAUACUAAAAGUAGGAGAGAGGAUUUUGUGACAGAAUUACAAAGAGAACUAAAUGCGUAUGGUUGGACAGUCGAUAUAUAUGGAUGGUGUGGUUCAUACAGUUGUCCAAAAUAUAAUGCUAACUCUUGUUUUCAACUGGUCGAAGAGAAAUAUUACUUCUAUUUGUCUUUGGAGAACUCCUUUUCUGAAGAUUACGUGACGGAAAAACUUCUGACAGCGUUGAACAAUUACGCUGUGCCUGUUGUUUACGGCGCAGCCAACUACACAAGAUUUUUACCACCAGGAAGCUAUCUAGACGGAAGGGAGUUGGGACCAAAGAAGCUAGCACAACAAAUGAGCGAAAUAAUUAGCAACAAGAGUUUGUACUACGACUUCUUCCGUUGGAGAAACCAUUAUAAAUAUAAGGAAACUUCAUCCACAGAAGAUAUUUGUAAAUUGUGUGAAAUGAUGAAUAAUGAAGAGAAGAUGGCGGAAGUGACUGUAUGGAAUGACUUUAGGAAAUGGUGGAAUGGCGCUAGAUAUAAAGAGAAUUGU